GUUCCUUCCCCAGCAAGAGACGUCCAUCUACGCACUCUCUAAUCAUUGCCUCUUCCUCGCCGAUUGUUCCCAGCACGUCUCAUCCUCGCGCCGCGGUAUCAUCGUGCCCGCAGAGAGUACGAGACAAUCUCUGACGGUCUUCUGCUCGCCGCGACAACGUCAAGCUUGCGCACUCGCGAGAUUUGCUACACCUCGACUCGCCUCACCUCACCUCACGAACAACUCAUUUAUCCAUUUCUUAGCUCGCAGCGCCACGGCUGCUCCCCGACGCUACCAUUGAGUGAAACAGAAGCAAGCCCGUCGCACCCGGUUCUCAUCGCUGCAGCCACCUGCGAACCUCAACACAGCUCACAAUGACCGCGCCCAAGAGAGCGCACGAGGAGGAUGACGACAAGACAGUGCACAAGCGUGAGGACAAGGUUCCAAAGGUCUCACAAUCCGGCAAGAUGGUCACGAUCAAGAUCAAAACUGUCCAAGAGUUCCGCGUCCAUGCUCACCUUCUUGUCCAGUAUUCCGACUACUUCCUCAAGGCUCUGAAUAGCGGCCUCGCUGAGUCAUCGAGUCUGGAAUUUGAGCUAGAGGAGCAUGCGAACGAGAAGACGAUGGGCUUCUUGGUCAACUGGGUGUACGAAAAGCCAUACAACACAACACCCCAGUCACUACAGAAUAUUGUCGACCGAGGAGACAAAGAAAAUAAGUGGGAGAACACCGCCUUCGCCUGCAUUCGCAGCUGA